AUGGCCAGCUCCUCGACAAGCUCGAUGGCAGCGGCAGCGCUUCUACGGCGGCAGCUCAAGCAGAUGCAGACGGACAAGGACAUACCCGGGAUCUCAGUCGGGCUCGUCAAUGACAGCAACAUCUUUGAGUGGGAAGUCAUGUUGAUGAUCAGCGACGAGUGCAAAUACUAUGGCGGGGGCAACUUCCGCGCAUACGUCACCUUCCCGCCAACAUAUCCCCUCAUGCCGCCCAAGAUGACCUUCCAGUCGCCGGUGCCGUUCCACCCCAACAUCUACCCAAACGGCGAGCUCUGCAUCAGCAUCCUGCACCCGCCCGGGGAGGACAAGUACGGCUACGAGUCGGCGAGCGAGCGCUGGAGCCCCGUGCAGUCGCCCGAGUCGAUCCUGCUUAGCGUCAUUAGCCUAUUCGAGGACCCAAACGACGAGAGCCCCGCCAACGUCGAGGCCGCGCGCCUGCUGCGCGAAGAGCGCGAGGGGAAGAGCAAGGACUACCGCAGGCAAUGUCGCAAGUGCGUGCGGGAAAGUUUAGGGGAAGACUGA